AUGAGCGAACAGCAGCUCGAUCGGCAGGCCAGCCGGUUGAGCCUGAGGGAACAACUCGGAUCUCGAUUUCAGAGCUUUCGAGCAUCUCGCGGCAGAGAGCGCAAGCGCUCCCAAGAUGAGGCUGUCAACACGCCCAAGGGACCUGAGGUCAUGUCUCCCAGGAGCCGUGAAGCCCUGGCGAGGGGCAAGCAGGAGGCGUUGGAUGCGCUGCCAGCCGACUACUACCAGCCGGACUAUGACCCCGUGGCUGGCGAGCUCGCCAUGCUGCCGCGCAUGUUCACUGAGAGUGACCUUGAGGCGGUCGUUGAGGAGAGAUCGGGCGUCCUCGAGACGGUGAGUGAGCGGCUGAGUCAGCACGUGCUCAGCAACUACUCCAAGUUUGUCGCUGGCGUUACCGAGGUUGCCUCUGUGGAGCGAGACCUCCAGGAUGCGCACAUGACAGCCAAGACGUCGAGGAGCGAGCUGGCGAACGCGCUGGCGGAGGUCCGCGCGAACAUGGUGAUCACGCGCAAGCAGCGGCAGAAGCAGGGCCUGGAGCGCAUGCUGGGGAUGCUGCAGCAGCUGCGCGAAGCCGCCCACCUCCACGACGCCCUCAGGGCCGCGCAGGAGAACGGGGAGUUUGCGGGCUCCUUCUGGCUGUGCGCGCAGUGCGCCCGCGCGCUGGUGCCGCUGUCAUUCCUGCUGGUGGCCCCGGAGCUUACAGCCACAGUCUCAGCGCUGUACGAGGAGACGGUGGCGCGGCUGGAGUCCUCGCUGCAGACCGUCUGCGCAGACUUCCAGCCGGACCCCUACGCCAAGGUGCUGGAGGGGUAUGUGUACCUGGGCAAUGUGGGCUCGCUGGGCGAGGAGGUCAUGGCAGCCUUCGCUGCAGUUGUGGGCAUGGCGGCGCUGAAGGUGGCGCGCGGCGUGGUGCUGACGCGGCCGGUGGCCGGGCUGGAGGAGCGCGUGAAGAGCACGCAGCUGCUGCAGGAACUCGUCAAAUUCGUGCCGCCCGACCUCUUCCGCACCUGCCUCACCCGGGUGCUGAUGGUGGUGUUUGAGAUCCUGUCGAGCCACUACCACAUGUCGCGCUGGCACGAGGAGCGCAUCCAGCAGCACACCGGUGACAUGGAGGCGCUGCACUCCGCGGGGCUCUCCCUGCGCGAGCGCAUUGACACCCUUGUGCAGGAGCAGGCCACCUCCCCCACCGCCGCUGAGUCACCUGUCCGCAGCGAGCGCGCAGGCGCGUCAGCAAAUGGGUCCGAUGCUUUUGUGCAGCCGGAAGAGGACGAAGAGGAUGCAGAGGGGAGCAUAGCGGCGGUUGUAGAGAGAAGCCUGCAGCGAGCCGUCAAGUCCAAGGCCCACGAAGCAGAGCAGAGUACCAGCAACACUGGCAGCAGCGGCAGCCUUGCAGCCAUAGCUGGCCAUGCAGCAGAGCCAGAAUCGGGGCAGCCGUCAGGGGGCGAUGAUGAACAGGAAGAGUUAGUAGAUCAGGACAAGGGAGGGGAUGGCGCUGUGGAGAACGGAGGGGAGCAACCAGACAUGGAACGAAGGACAGCAGCUGCAAGCCCUAGCGGGAAGGCGGAGGACAAGGGAGGAGGGAAGGGCGGCAAGAGGAAGAAUGCAGCGGAUGCCAAGGCGCUGGAGAUAGAGUACCUGGAAGGCGAGCUGGAGGCCCUGGCUGAGAAGGAGCGGGAAGAGGUGCUGUGGGGAGAGGCGCUGAUGCAGGUGGAGGAGGGGCUGAAGGCCGGCAGGCGAUGGCUGUGGGACGAGGCCUCCAGGAAAGUGGGCAUGCUGCUCGCCGCCCCCGCCGCCUUCCAGGGAGAGCACUUCCUGCAGGCACGCUGCACAACUUCUUCUGAAGAUGUGCUGGAGUGGACGCAGACGAUGCUGGAGGCGGGUGAGGCAUUCUGCGGCAGCGAGUCGGCCACGCUACGCGACGCGCUCAAACGCCAGUCCGGCCGCUUCUUCGCAGCCUACCACUCCGCCAACCUGCAGGCGCUGCACAGCAUGCUGGAGAGGGAGGUGUGGAAACAGCUGCCCAUGAUCCCCGGCGGCCUGCCCAGCAUCCGGGGGGCGCUGGCCCCCGGCUCCGGCAACGCGGCGUUCCCUUUCGACACCUCCGAUUUCGGCGCCUGGGUCGCCCACGGCAACCCCUGGCGCAUGCAGGCCUACGAGGAUGAAGAGGACGAGGCGGAGGGCCAGAGGACACCAGGGCAGCCGUCCGAGGGCGAGCCAUCUGCGGAGCCAGCUUCUGGUGCUGCGGAAGCUUCCGGCAACGGCGCAAUUGCCUCGGCUGAGGCGGGGCCGGCGAGUGAUGAUGCCAGGGCGCUGACUGCGUCAACAGUGUCCACUUCUGGGAGAGGUGUGGCCGAGGCGGUCCCCCCAAUGACGACGUCAUCGCUGCGACUGGCCAAGUGGCUGGCCGAGUAUGCGACGCUCAUUCGGCUCAUUCGCAGCGAGGCGGGCCGUGUGUGGAGUGGCAUGGCCGAGCUGUUUGAGCUCUACUUCCUACACACCUUCCACACCUUCGGCGACAUCUCCGUCCUCGAACUCACCUCCCCUCAGCAGCAGCGCCAGGGCGGCGGCGACAUCGUGCCGGUUCGGCUGAAGAACGCGGUGCUGCGCAUCCUCGGCCGCUCCAAGUACCGCCAGUACUACCUGCAGCAGCCGGCAGCGGCCACGGCCGGCGCGGCCGGCGGCGCGGCCGGCCCCGGGACGCCGCCGCAGGGCACGCCCCAGUAUGGGGGCGCGACGCCGCCGCACAAGGAUUACUCGCCGUUCGGGCGGCUGCCGCCGGCCGCGCAGCCGUCGCCGCAGACGACUGCUUUCAGCCACCCGGGGAACAUGUUUGGGCUCAUGGAGCGCAAGGUGGCAGUGGACAGCCUGCGUUCGGUGGCGGGGCUGCUGAGCGAUGCGUACAGCCGACUGCACGAGGCCGUCUUUGGGCGUACGGACGUCCCAGAAAACCACACCCUCGACACCUUCUUCUCCACCGUCAAGGCCACCGCCGACCUGCGGGACAUGGUGCUGCGGGCAGCGGCGCGGUACAAUCUGCCAAUCCGAUGGCUGCCCGACCGCCUGGCAGAGCAGAACUUCAACAUCGACGAGCCGCCCACUCGCGCAUCCCCCUGGGUCAAGGUGCUGAUGAGCCACGCUGCAAAGCUGCGCCAGAGCCUGGACGCCAGCUCCGGCCUCUCUCCAGCAAAUGUUGACGAGCUGUGGCGGCAUGCGAUGCACUUCACAGCGGAGGUUGUGUUGGAGGGCAUUGCCAAAGCAGGCGCCAAGGGCAGGUGUACACCCAUGGGCCGCGCCGCGAUGAGCCUCGACCUCCAGGCGGUGCAGAAGGGGCUUGCUGACCUGGCGGGCCCGGGCGGCGCGGAGGCGGCGGCUGACUCAUUGCGGCUGGUGGACACCUACAUCAAGGCGUUCUAUCUGCCGUGGGGAGAGGAGCUGCGGCGGUGGGCACUGACUCACCCGGAGUACACGCGCGACCAGAUCAUGAUGCUCGUAGUCUGCAUCGCCGAGGCCAACGGCCUCAAGCGAAAGGAGCGCAACGCCUUCCUGCAGCUUCUCGAAGCAGACUUGUCCGACCUGCGCGCCGAAAAGAAGGAAAAUGGCAAGAUGGAGUCAGCGCCAAUGAGGGUCUACAAGGCAAGUUCCUGGUGGCUGGCUUAUGCCUCCGACAAGACUGACGUCAGAGUGGAAUACGCCAAUGGGGCCAUCUACAUUGGUAGGGUGCUUUCUGGCUUGAGGCAUGGCCAAGGGAGGUUCACAGGAGCUGACGGUGGAUACCACUAUGAUGGGAAUUGGGUGAAUGGCAGGAUCUACCGGGGAGAAUGGCAGCAGAAUAAGAAGACCGGCUAUGGAGAGGCAUUUCAGCUGGAGAAGUUUGCCACCCAGGAUAAGAAGGAGGAGGGUGCAGAAGGAAAGCUCAACGGAAGCCAAGCCUCUGGGCUCUUGGUCUGUGGCUACAGAACUGAGGCGGAGGCUAAGGAAUUGGGAGUCACUUUGUUUCCAGAUACCCAUUACCAGGGCUACUUUCUGAAUGACCUAUAUCACGGCCAUGGCACACUCACUGCCCCUGGCGGAUAUAGGUGCGAGUGUGAGUGGGCAGCAGGAAAGCCACAUGGGACAGGGACGGUUCGGUACAAAAAUGGCGAUGUCUACACUGGAGACUUCAAGGGAGGGAUGACACAUGGGCAGGGAACGAUGAAAUAUGCUAAUGGAGGUCUGUAUGAGGGCACAUGGGAAGCCGGACAAAUACAUGGUUCAGGCAAAAUACGCUGGUGCAAAGGCAACUCGUGGCCCCGGCUGGCGGGGGGCGGGAAUUUCAAGGACAGCAAGUUGCAUAGGCGGGGGACACACACCCACACCAACGGGGACAUGUACGAGGGUGAAUGGAUCGACAACAAGAUGCAUGGCCAGGGGGACCUGCGCACAGUCCCCUCCUCGCAGAGGGUCCCCCGCAAAGGGGAAUGGCGCAAUGGGGAGCCCUGCUGA